AACGAAGCCAAACAAAACAAACAUCUGCGGCGGCCGACGCCCAAACAAAUUAUUAUUUUCUGUAAAAUAGGCGUGUCUAGGGCGUGUCGCCAGUUAAAAUAUACUCUCACAGCAACUCGGUCGGUCUCGACUUCCAGUCCUCGACAUAUAUUUUCAAAAUUAAUUGCAACAAAAUAUUUAAAAGUUGUUCAGUUAAUUUUAGUAUUUUGUGUUUUAAAGUGAUUUUUUAACAUAAUCCAGUUACAUAAUUUACUAUAAUUUGUCAACUACCUCUAGUUAAAUUUUCUUUGCUAAGAAGAAACUAAGAAUGGUGUCUACAAGAGGCAUACGGUACAAGUUUAGCGAAGGGGAACGCGUGUUGUGCUACGAACCUGACCCGACGAAAGCCAAAGUUCUGUACGACUCCAAAGUUUUGGAAGUGAUUGAGGGCAAGGAUAGGCGUGGCCGUCGCUCGGUGGAAUAUCUCAUACACUUCCAAGGCUGGAACUCCUCAUGGGACCGUUGUGUCAGUGAAGACUUUGUGUUGAAAGAUACAGAGGAGAAUAGACAGCUACAGAGGGAUUUGGCUGAAAAGUCUCAGCUUCAGCUCUUGUCAAUUAACAGAGGAGCGUAUUUAUAUCGACGUGAACGCAAGAAGGGUGGCAGUAACAACACAGGUGCCGGGCCCGCGAAGCGACCGCGGCAUGGCUUUAGCGACGACGGCUCCUCUACGAGCACGCAACCCGAUGUAUUGUUAGAAGGUGAGACGGGCGACACGGACUCGUCGUCCGCGUCGGGCUCCAGUUCCCAGCCGCGCUCGCCGCCGCCGCCCAACAUCGCGCAGGUCGGCAGGGCUCAUAUAACGCUGCCUUCCGCACUCAGGGAUCGUCUAACUUUCGACUACCACCUGGUGGUGAAACGCGGUCGCCUGUCGCGUUUGCCUGCGACUCCGUGUGCGGCGCAAAUUCUAGAGUCGUUCGUGAAGUGGUUCGCGCGCGCGGGGGCGUGGCACCAGGCGCGCGGCCGACACGACCCCCCACAGAAGCCAGACAUUUUGGAUGUCUCUUGCCGGUUGAAUUUAGUGCGCGAAGUUGCUGACGGCCUGCGAGUGUAUUUCGAUUUCAUAUUGCGCGGACAUCUUCUAUACAAACAGGAGCUCAACCAGUACCAUGAGAUUUGUGGUCAGUUCAUUGACGAGCAAGAAGAAGAAAGAAAGUCCUCUUUGGAAGAGGAAAUGGACGAUGACCAACAAUCUCAGGACGAAGCACUCAACUCUAUUGAGGACGAAAUGAAAAGCCCAAAGAUGCCGGAAUACGCACACCUGCCCCCAGACCCCAUGGAUGCAGACAGAUAUGAUAGCCAAAACAACAGCAACGACGAGGCGGACAUCAGUAAAAUGGAUCUGAAUGAUAAAUGCGCGUCUAAGAGCGACUCGGCGCCGGAAGACAAUCAAAAUGGCGGCUCGGAGAAGUCACGCGAUGAGAACUGCGCCUCGCGCAUCGGGAAUGUGGCAAGGAGGCUGCGAUCGCACAAGUCUGUCGUGUCGCAGUCGGAGAAUGAAGAGCCGGCGCCCUCCACGUCCACGGGGGAGCCGCGCACAUUCGAAACACUUUCAUCUAGCGUGGGCAGCAGCGGGUCGUCGCUGAGUGAGGGCUGGGCGCGGGGCGCGGCGGGCGCGGGCGGCGCGGGGGGCGCGGGGGGAGCGGCGCCGGGCGGGACGGCCUCCACGCGCACGCCGCUCUCGUUGCUGCUCGACAAGGUAGCAAAAUGGCAAAUCAUUCCGCGAGAAGGCACUGAACAUCUUCCUUGCCGGGUGUACGGAGCGAUCCAUCUAGCCAGACUUUUUGUGAAAUUGCCAGAUUUCCUGAAUGCCACUCAAAUGCCAGAUUUCAAGUUGAAACUCAUCGUGAAACACAUUGAUAUGUUUGUCCAGUACCUGGACGAGCACAGCGAGUGGUUCGGCGAGGUGUACUACAUCGCCGACAGCAUGUCACGAUCGCACUGAACUCACUAACAAUUCCUAUGAAUCAUCAACGCCGCCUAAUGUCUACACAUUUCUAGUUAGAUACAUCAAUGAUUUUUUCAUCUGCAAUUAGUGACAUGCUUGAAAAAUUCGCGUAUCAUUUGUAAGCUUAUUUGUAGUUUUAAAAUAAUGGUAGAAUGAAAACUUCUUAGCAUACGACAAACGAGUGACUUGUUAUAAAAGCCUUUCAGUAGUGUUGUUGAAUAGUUAUUAUAGAUGCUCGAGCAUAGUACGAGACACCGCAUUUAGCGGCUCAGAUCAAAUAUUAACAAUUUACUGAGAUAAAUAAUAAGUUCAAACACUGUUAUAUUUUACGAAAUACUAACAUGGUUAAUGUUGGAAAAAUGAGAUACUUAUUUAAAUUUUCAACAUUGUAGAAGAGGCGUAUCUAGUCUUGCCUAGAAUAUAUUUACACAAAGUGCAGAGUAGUUUCAAUCAAAUAUGUACACAUAAUAAUAAUAUUAAAAUUUGGAACUUAAGACAUGCAAAGGUUAAGGCAUUUCGUGCAACUAAAAUCGUAGUUAUCGAUGCAAUACAACAUGAAUGAUAAGGGACGGCAGCUUGUAAGUUUCAAGUUCAAAUACACACGCAUAGUAUUAGGUACUUACUCAUAAUAAUUCUAGAUUUACAUACUUACUGUGAGCAAUAUUCAUUUAUGACAAGUGAGCCGCUAUAUCUCCAACAGUAUUAUGUACUAGCUUCAACCUUGACCUGCACUGUUAAAUUAGCACUAUAUUUAUUUAUAUAUUGAAGACCAAAACGGAGACAAAAAUCUAAAUUACUGUGAUUUUCUACGACUGAUCGAUGUUGUUAAAUUACCUAAUUGACAAAGAAUAUAGGAACAUCAAAAACGAGAACAAGCUAUUAUAAAAUGAUAUAAAUAGCAUCUUUUAGCAUUUGUGUGUGGUUUCCUUUAUUUAAUGCGUCUUAGACGGUGAUGUAGAACAUAAUCCUAAUAAAUAAAGCACAAAUUUCAUUUCAA